AUGCCUGGAAAAAGAAUUGCGGUGAUUGGUGCUGGAGUCAGUGGAUUGGGCGCCAUUAAGAGCUGUCUGGAAGAGGGACUCGAGCCCACCUGUUUUGAAAGAAGCAAUGACAUUGGUGGACUGUGGAGAUACGAGGAGAAGACUGAAGGUGGCAGGCCAAGUAUCUAUAAAUCUGUCACCAGCAACACUUCGAAGGAGAUGACAGCCUAUAGUGACUACCCAUUCCCUGACCAUUUUCCUAACUACUUGCACAAUUCCAAAAUCAUGGAGUACCUCAGGAUGUACGCCAAACACUUUGACCUUGUGAAGCACAUCCAGUUCCUGUCGAAGGUGUGCAGUGUGAGGAAGCACUCCGACUUCUCUUGCACAGGACAGUGGGAGGUUGUGGUCGAGGCUGAAGGCAAGCAGGAAUCCUGCGUCUUUGAUGGGGUUAUGGUGUGCAGUGGCCUUUACGCCCAUCCCUUCUUGCCCCUCCAGAGCUUUCCAGGGAUCAAGAAGUUCAAAGGUCAAUAUAUCCACAGUUGGGAAUACAAGUGUCCAGAGAAAUUCCGGGAGAAGAAAAUCAUUGUGGUCGGCAUUGGAAAUUCUGGAGCUGAUUUGGCAGUUGAGCUUAGUCACGUAGCUGCACAGGUGUUUCUCAGCACAAGACGGGGUACAUGGAUUUGGAACCGGGUCUGGGAUCAUGGGAUGCCCAUGGACACUAUCCUCUUUACUCGUUUCAACUCUAUCUUAAGCAAAUUAUACCCUACAUUCUUAAUCAACAGAUGGGCAGAGAAUAAAUUAAAUGUUCGCUUUAACCAUGAAAUUUAUGGUUUGCAACCUCAACACAGAUUUCUGAGCCACCAAGCUACUUUCGGCGAUGAUCUACCCAACCACAUAAUUUCUGGAAAAGUCCUGAUGAAACCAAAUGUGAGAGAGUUCACUGAGACAUCAGCCAUCUUUGAAGAUGACACAAAAGAGGACAUUGAUGUCAUUGUCUUUGCCACAGGCUACAGUCUUUCUUUCCCUUUCUUGGAAAGUGACUCAGAAAUCCUGGACAGCCAGCGCUCCAUGUUUAAGUUUGUCUUCCCUCCUCAGCUAGAGAAGCCAACACUGGCUUUCAUUGGCAUCGUCCAGCCAGUGGGAGCCACCAUUCCCACUUCAGAACUCCAGAGCCGAUGGGCUGUACGUGUAUUCAAGGGAUUGAACAAUUUACCUUCACUGAGUGGCAUGAUGGCUGACAUAAGAAAGAAGAGAAAAAAACUUGCGAAAGAAUUCCUGAAUAAUCCUCGGGAUUCACGCAGAGUGCAGUAUGUGGAUUACAUGGAUGAAAUUGCCUCUGAAAUAGGAGUGAAACCCAACCUACUCUCAUUCUUCCUGUGGGAUCCAAAGCUGGCAAUGGAAAUUUUCUUUGGACCAUGCACACCUUACCAGUACCGCCUGCAGGGGCCGGGGAAGUGGGCUGGGGCCCGGGGAGCCAUCCUGACCCAGAGAGCACGGAUCAUGAAGCCCCUGAGGACUCGCAUCCUUACUUGUGACCAGCCUCCAUUCUCUGUGCCAUUUUGGCUUAAAAGUGCCUGUGCAGCCUUUCUUGUCUUUGUUCUCAUUUUUAGUCAUCGUUAG